UUUCUGAGUUACAUAAAAACCUUUAAAGUCUUAAAAUAGAAGAAGCAGAUCUUCGCAUCGACGAAGGAGAAAUGCGAGUGAUGAGAUCGUAUCGCGGUAACUCUAUCGCCGGAUUGGUGUCUCAUCCGGCGAGGUUAAGUCCCCUACGGAGCAUCUUCACCGGUUGCCGCGCUGUGAUGUUGCCACGAUUCGGCGGCCCGGAGGUUUUGGAGCUCCGGGAGAAUGUCCCGGUGCCGAAUCUCAAUCCGAACGAGGUCCUCGUCCGUGCGAGAGCUGUUUCGAUCAAUCCUCUUGAUUGCAGAAUACGAGCAGGAUAUGGGCGUUCUGUGUUACAACCGCAUCUACCUGUUGUAAUUGGACGUGACAUCAGUGGGGAAGUUGCAGCCGUUGGUAACUCAGUGAAGGCAUUUAAAGUAGGGCAAGAAGUUUUUGGUGCGUUGCAUCCUACUGCGUUGAGAGGUACUUAUACUGAUUAUGGGAUACUUUCUGAGGAGGAGCUUACUGAAAAGCCAUCAUCGGUUUCUCAUGUUGAGGCGAGUGCUAUUCCUUUUGCUGCGUUGACUGCUUGGCGUGCUUUGAAGAGUAAUGCUCGGAUACUCGAAGGACAAAGGCUAUUAGUUUUUGGAGGAGGAGCAGUAGGUUUUGCUGCAAUCCAGCUGGGCGUAGCCUUUGGGUGCCAUGUUACAGCCUCUUGUGUUGGUCAGACCAAAGAAAGAAUACUAGCAGCUGGUGCCGAGCAAGCUGUUGACUACUUAACCGAGGACAUUGAGGUGGCUGUAAAAGGAAAGUUUGACGCUGUGUUGGAUACUAUUGGUCGGCCUGAGACCGAGAGAAUAGGCAUAAACUUCUUGAGGAAGGGUGGCAACUAUAUGACUCUCCAGGGUGAGGCUGCAUCAUUGACUGAUAGAUACGGUUUUCUGAUUGGGCUUCCGCUUGCAACUUCACUCUUAGCGAAGAAAAAGAUACAGUAUCUGUAUUCUCAUGGAAUAGACUAUUGGUGGACGUAUAUGAGGGCUGAUCCUGAAGGUCUAGCUGAGAUUCAACGGUUAGUUGGAGGCGGAAAGCUAAAGAUACCAGUGGAAAAGACGUUUCCUAUAACCGAAGUUGUAGCAGCUCAUGAAGCCAAGGAGAAGAAGCUGGUUCCGGGUAAGGUGGUUCUAGAGCUCUGAACUAUAUACAUUAGGGGUAACAAUAAUAAUACCUGCAGAGCUCCCUAGCAGUUCGUUCUUUUUUUAGAUAUUACACGCAUGAGAAACAAAUGUUUUUUGCGUCUGGAGUUUUCUGUAAAUGAGAUCUAUCAGGCUUAGGAUUCACAUCAAGAACAUAAAGUUUCUGUAUAGACUUUCCCAAUGGUUCUUUUUUAUUUAGACAUUGUCUUUGUUGCAAGUUGCAGUAAACCAAAUUAAAUCGAGUAAUGAAAAAUGGUUUAGUAA